AUUAACCUAAUAAUUACACUCCUCACCAAUACACUACUGGCAUCACUACUAGUGCUAAUCGCGUUCUGAAUGCCACAAAUAAAUUCAUACGCCGAAAAAUCAAGCCCAUACGAAUGCGGCUUCGACCCAAUAGGAUCCGCCCGUCUUCCCUUCUCAAUAAAGUUCUUCCUAGUAGCAAUCACAUUCCUCCUCUUUGACCUAGAAAUCGCCCUACUCCUACCACUACCAUGAGCCGUCCAAACAAGCAACCUAACAAUUAUACUUACUAUAUCACUCACUCUAAUCUCCUUAUUAGCCGUAAGUCUUGCCUACGAGUGGUUCAAUAAAGGACUAGAAUGAGCUGAAUAA